AAUGUCGCUGCACUGUCCUUCACUACAUGAAGAACCGGCAUUUGUUUUAGCACAGGUAUUGUUUAAUAUGAAGACAUGGAGGAGACUAAGGAUGGAGCCAUUUUUAAAUUUGAACUCUAAAUAGCAAUGAAUAGUUACAUUUCAAAUAUGCUAUCAUCACGUGUUGCAUCUGCCAGCCACCCUCUAAAGUGGACUUUUCUUCACUGGAAAGCCAUUUUUUACAAAGCUGUUUGUCCACCAAAUCCAGGGCAGUUGUUGUUGGGAACUGUUGUUCAAAGAAGGGCUUACAGAUGGACAACAGCACCAUCCUCAAGAAUAAACCAAAAACCUGUGUUUACCAAAGCAACAUCAUUUGGGGAAAAACUUGCAAUCGUUGACACCAGUGGCAGGCACAGCUACAAGCAGCUGUACUGCAACAGCUUAGGUCUUGCUAGUAGAAUCAGUACAGCUCUUAACUCAGACUUUGGGGGUCUGGAUGGAAAACGAAUCUCCUUUCUGUGUCCAAAUGAUGCUUCCUAUACAGUUGCACAGUGGGCAGCUUGGAUGAGUGGAGGUACAGCAGUACCACUCUACCGAAAACACCCCCUGUCUGAACUGGAGUACAUAAUCUCUGAUUCCCAGAGUUCACUGCUGGUGGCAGCACAUCCGUAUGCUGAGACCCUUGAGCCACUGGCACAAAAGUUGGGACUGCCUUGCCUAACCUUGCCCCCUACAUCUGACCUGGAUGCUUUACAUGGGACAGACACACAGAAGGAGAUUUCUAUCACAGACUGGGCUGAUCGACCAGCUAUGAUCAUCUACACCAGUGGUACCACAGGCCGACCCAAAGGGGUCCUACAUACACACAGCAGCAUCCAAGCAAUGGUCCAGUGUUUGGUGUCAGAAUGGGCGUGGUCCAAGGAUGAUGUCAUCCUCCACACCCUGCCGCUCCAUCAUGUGCAUGGCAUCGUUAACAAGAUGCUGUGCCCGCUCUGGGUGGGCGCCACCUGCGUCAUGCUUCCUGAAUUCCAGCCUCAGAAGGUGUGGGAGAUGCUGUUGAGCUCCAAGGCUCCAAUGGUUAAUGUGUUCAUGGCUGUGCCAACUAUUUACGCUAAGCUGAUCCAUUACUAUGACCAACACUUUGCACAACCUCAUGUGAAGGACUUUGUCAAAGCUGUCUGUAAAGAGAGAAUCAGGCUCAUGGUUUCAGGCUCAGCAGCUCUGCCUCUUCCCACCCUGCAGCGCUGGGAGGAAAUUACAGGACAUACUCUACUGGAACGCUACGGCAUGACUGAAAUAGGCAUGGCUCUGUCCAACCCGCUCAACGGACCCCGCAUCCCAGGAUCUGUAGGGUUGCCUCUUCCAGGUGUGGAAGUUCGGAUUGUCAUGAAUAACUCAACCAACACCACGAUUGCAGAAGGCACUCACAAGGAGACUCAGGUACGUCCUGGUCUUGAGGGUAAAGAAGGGGAGCUUCUGAUUCGAGGUCCAUCGGUAUUUAAAGAGUACUGGUACAAACCCCAUGAGACCAAAGAGUCCUUCACUGAUGAUGGCUGGUUCAAAACAGGAGACACAGCAGUCUAUAAAGACGGCGUAUAUUGGAUCAUGGGCCGCAGCAGUGUUGACAUCAUUAAGAGUGGAGGAUACAAGAUCAGUGCACUCGAGGUAGAGCGUCAGUUACUGGCUCAUCCAGACAUCAUAGAUGUGGCUGUGAUCGGAGCUCCAGAUCCCACAUGGGGUCAGAAAGUCACCGCGGUGGUGCAGCUGAAGAAGGGGCUCAGUUUGACCCUGGCAGAGUUGAAGACCUGGGCAAGGGAACGCAUGGCACCCUACACCAUACCUACAGGCCUGGUGCUGGUGGAAGAGAUGCCAAGAAAUCAGAUGGGCAAAGUCAAUAAGAAGGACCUCCUGCGACACUUUUUUCCAUGACUGGACAACUUUGAUUCCUGUAAUAACGUACAAACAAAAAAGAAAAAAAAGAAAAAAAAACAAAGGUCUGCAUCACUUCCUGGCCAUCUCUGUGUGCUCCUUCCAGUUCAGGAAAAUAUUACACACAUGUACAAAGGGAGAAUGUAAAAUGCAAAAUAAUAGAUAGAUACCUUAGAGAAUGAUUUAUCCCAUGAGUUGACCUAAUCACAAAUGCAAACUUUGCUACAGAGGUAAUUAUAUCAGACUAAUAAGGACCAAGUAUUGUCUUAUUGGUUACUCUGUAAGAGACUUCAGGAAAUCAUCACUUUGAUGUUUGGAUCAGUACAAAAAGAGCUCCAUCAAGAGGAGAGAAACUGUGUCCCUACCUAGAUUGCAACUAAAUUAGUCAAGAUCAAGUCUGAUAAAUACAAUAAGCCACAUCAUCAAAACCACUCACAGUUGGAGUAAAUUAUCUUUCCAGUAUUUAGUAUUCAGCUGGAAAACCAUUUUUAAAUUUAUGUGGAUGUUACAAUAUCGCAUACAACUUAUCCUCCCCCAGUUUAUUUAAAAUAGACAGUACACAUUAAUCAACAUUUCCAUUUGGAUUUAAAUGAUGUAAAUGUGCCAAAGUUAGCAAAUGAGCUCAUUUUCAUCUGUAGUCCCUUGGCAGGUCAACAUAAUUGUUCAUUGGCUACAUUCUCAUGCACAUCAAUAUUCCCAUAAUAUCCCGGUUAAAACACCAAAUAACGCCAGCUUCAUGUGCUUCAGCACAGUGUCUUUUUUUUAUAAAUAUUUUUAAACAAGCAUCAUGGAAGCAGUUCUCUGCACACAUUAAAAUAUUUGUUAGUCAUAAUUUUGACUUCAUAUCAUAAACAUCACACCUUUCGUAGUGUGUUGGCAAUUUUCCAGACAGUAAAAAUCCAGUUUAACUGUUAUGAUGGUAAUUGAUGAUCCUAAUGAAUGAUUUUUAGUUCCAUCAACUGAGUGUAACUGUUCUCUUCUGAAGUUGCACAUGGGUAACUUUCAGGUCUCAACUUUUUGAGUUAUGUUGGAUACACAUUAUUCCAAACUAUGUGUUCCUGGCCAGAGUCAUGCUGUGUAUUAAAGUUCAGGCAGUUGCUGCUGUGCCGCUGUAGAAAGCGUACACACCACUGUCCUGGUAAGAACCCCACCUAAGAAACAGACAACUAAAACAGCAGUUGUUGAUUACCUUAACCCACAAAUUUGGAGUGAGCAAUAAGCUAUGUGGAGUAUUCUAAUGGUACAAAAAACCAGUCUCAUCAUCGUCUGACACACUGCUGCUUUACUCUUCAGUAAAACAUGCUUUUGGCUCCAGAUCUCUUAUCGUGACUCUGGUUGCUGCUCUUGUUAUAGGCUUGUUUUCAUGGAUCGCUUUGGUUGUUUCUGUCACAAGAUCUGGCCACACUGGUUCUGGUGGAAUUUAGAUCUGAUCAAGAAUGCUGCAGCAAAUGGAAAACACACUUUUACAGUGGUUUAAUAUUGUGUGUUUUGAGUGAUAUUGAUGUCAUAAAGACUUUGCAAACUGUAAUUAGUGGAAUGUAACAUGUGGCAGGAAAUAUUUAAUCUGAGUGUGCUCAGUAACAUUUAAAUGGUAUUAUGAAUAGAACAGCCUAUUUGCAAUUCAUGUCAAUGGAAAGUCAGGAGUAAGUUGAAAUAUUGUUUUGCAUGUGCCCAUAGCCAUAAUUUUAGACUAAGCCUGUCCUAUGCUUCUCCAGAAGCAGAACAGUCCACAAAACAAGGCAUUGACCUAACCUGCAAGCUUUCUACACCUCUUAAACAUUUGCUGGUUGCAGUUGGAACAAGCCGAUUCGCUGAUGUCCCCACAAUCAACCAACAGGACUCAAAAGUAUCUACUGCCAACAAUAUUUAUUUUAAAAAGUUGAUUUGUAAUUUCUGAUGUUUAUUGGUGCGAUCAGAGAAUACAUGACAGUUCUGAAAGUGGUGUGGUGUUACCAAAUUUAAAGAUAAUUUGCAGUUACACCCUCAAAUCAAAGGUAAUGUGAUGAUGAAGAAGGAGAAUGAUGAAUUUAAAAUAUGUUCUGAAUAGUUUUGACUUAUUUUCUUAUUUUGAAAAUGAAAAAUGU